CUCGAAGCUCCAAAGGCCCCCAAAACUCCCUUCCUGCUCAAGCCAUUUUUUUUUAUCUAUAUCCCAUUGCGCGGAGGCAGUCACAGACGAGAGCGGAUUGGAUAGCGCGCGCGGUGCAGGCGACCAGACCUCGGAGCCGACGACAUCUGCUUCCGGCCGGCGACGAUGAGGAACCCGCCGGGCAGGCACCUCCUCCGCCUCACCAACCGCGCCGUGCGCUCUUCCUCCACCUCGUCGGGACACGGCGCCGGGGCCGGCGCCUCCACCUUCACCUCCAUCGCAUCCCCGCGCCCGCGCACCGUUGCCGGCGGCCUCCCCCUUCGCGCCAGCUCCCCGCCCCCUCCCUCCGCGGUCGCCGCCGCCGCGUACUGGGAGUCCCGCGCGCUCCACCCAGACGGGGAGGAGGGGGGCUGGGAGGAGGUCGUCCCCGGGGCUCCCGGUCCCGGAGAGAUGGAGCAAGAGGAGGAGUACAGGGUGGUGUUCUGGUCCCCGCCCACCAUAGACGAGGUCACCGGCGCCGUCACCAGCAUCCAGGAGGUGUUUGAGAACCCUUUUGAUGUGGAUUCGGAUACAACCAACAGACAAACAGCACUACUGACCACCUCAGGACAUUCAUCUGGCAAUUCAUCAGGAUCAGAUGACUGGAUAGAACCUGCCGCCUAUGUUCUCAACUCAACGGCUCUUCUUUCGAGGGAACAUAGGAAUGUUUUGGAUGCUUUCCGUCUGUUGCAAAAGGAUCCUACAAUUCAGAAAAUGGUUAUGUCUCUGUCAUGUGAUAAGGCUGUUUGGAAUGCUGUCAUGAAUAAUGAGGCAGUUCAAGAUUUCAGAAGAUCUUUACAUGAUGGAAAAGAAAAUGAUAGAAAGGGAGGCGCUGGUGGUCCUUCUGAAGUGCUUAAGUGGAUCCUGGACAGUGCCCAGGCAAAAAUAUUGGAAUUCCUUGAGAAUGUGAUGAAGAUAUUCAACAUGCUGAUCCACCCUCAAGAGGAUCAAGAGAAGCCAGAUGCAUACAGCGAUGCAGUGAAGGUGUCGUUCAUGCUCACGGUGUUUGUCUUCAUCGUGGUGGCCAUUGCUCGUAUCAAUUCUGAACAUUGGGAUUUCAAAGUGUGGUGAUGCGAGAUUCUGGCAUUCUUCAAGCCGUCUGAACAUGUUUUGUAGAACAAGCCAAGCUUCAUAACUUAGGUCCACACGAAAUUAUACAUGUUUACCAUUUGACCCUGGCAGCUCAUGCGAGGGAAUGUUGUUCUAGGUCUUAUUGUCUGUGCGCUCAAACCUUGGAGCCACAGAAGUUCAGUUCGGUGAAGUAAAACGAAUAAAUUCUCAUCAAUAAAACUCUUUGUAUAAAUAAAGUUGCAGGUUGAAUUUGAUUUGAUGCA